AUGAUUUCUGCAAAGGUUUUGCUGGCCUUUGGCCUGGUCGCUGUGUCUGCGGGGCCUUUGGCUGUGAGCUCGGAGACAAGCGUUACUGUCGAUUCCACCACUUUGGCCAGAAGCACGGAGUCUACUGCCGUGACAGCUGCCGAAACUGAGACUGAGACCGCCACGACUGCGACCCUGGACGCGACGUUGACCUCCGAUCUGACGACUCUCUUGACUGCGACUAGUGAUGUGACAACCCUCACCACUGAAGCAGCCACUACCACCGAAGAGGCUACAACCACAGAAGCUGCUACAACCACCACCGCCGAGCUCCCCGACUCAACCCAAUUCAACAUCUACCCCAACCAAGGCGUAUCCGCCACCGGCCCCCUCAAAGUCCGUAUCCAGCCCGGCGACUCAGUCUACUUCAACAACCCCUCCAGCGACUACACAACCGGCACAUUCGUCGUCAACUCCCGCGGCAAGCUCGUCAACGGAAACCAGCUCAUGUGCGCGUUCUUCCGAACGGGCCAACAAUACGGCGACAUCGUUGGUUGCCCGCCCGCUGACGAGGCGGAUGCUCGCUACGUGCCUAUAGAUUGUGAGCUCGGUGCAGAGGGACAGCUGGAUUGUUCGGUCCAGGGCAAGUUUUGUUAUUACAAUCCGGAGAUCACUUGUGAUGCGAGGGGGUUGUAUCCUUAUUUCUAUCUUGAGAGCGCUGGGUCUUCUGGAUAUGGGCUUAUUUUGGGAUCGAAUGGGCUUAAUCUUACACCAGUUGAGCUUGCGGCUCAGCCUGAGCCAACGGAGCCUUAG